GCUGUUUCCAUCACAUCGAAGAGGAAGCGGGUUCAUUGGAAUAAGAUUUUAAGCAAAACUCAGAUUCAUUCUGUUGGUUGUCACCAUGAGGCCCCUGAAAGACGCCCAGCUGGGGGCCUUCACCUUCUUUGCCUCGGCUCUCCCGCAUGAUGUCUGUGGCAGCAAUGGGCUUCCUCUGACCCCCAACUCCAUCAAAAUCCUGGGACGCUUCCAGAUCCUGAAGACCAUCACUCACCCACGGCUCUGCCAGUAUGUGGACAUAUCCAGAGGGAAACACGAACGGCUGAUUGUCGUCACUGAACACUACGAGAGCAGCUUGAGCGAUUUCCAGAAACAAGGGAAAACAGUCAGCCCAGAAAAGGUGCUGCAAGUGGCCUAUGAGGUUCUUGAAGGUCUGGAGUUCAUGAACAAACAUGGUUUGGUGCACAGAGCUCUCAACGCACACAACGUGCUCAUGGACUGCAAGGGGAAUGUUAAGCUGGCGAAGUUUGGUUUCUAUCACAUGACUGACCAUGGAGCAGAUGUGGAUUUUCCCAUUGGUUACCCAUCAUACCUUGCUCCAGAGGUGAUCGCUCAGGGCUCUUUUCACCCGACUGAUCCUUCCCAUGAUGAAGCUCCUCCGCCCUCAGGACCCAAGGCUGACGUCUGGUCUCUUGGGGUUUUGCUCUUUGAAUUGUGUGCAGGCAGACGACUCCUUCACAAUAUUGAAAUAAGUGAGAGACUAAAAUUCAUCUUAACACUGGGUUGUAUGGAUGACAUUGUCACCGUCCUCGCAGAGGAACACGGUUGCCUGGAUACCAUUAAGGAGCUGCCUGAGAAUGUCCAGGAGUUAUUAAGGAAAUGCCUGACCUUUCUUCCCUCUAAAAGACCGACCCCUGCUGAACUGCUGGGAGACCCUGUGUUCAGCGGCAUCUCCUGUCAGUAUACUCCGUUCCAGAAGCCCGUCAGCCUCUUCUCCUCCUCGCUGCGCUGUGCACAUCUGGAGCUGCCAGACGACAUCAGUGACCUUUGCAAAGAUGAAGAUGAAGACUACCUGUCAGAGAGAGCCAUAGAUGAGGUUUACCACCUGUGGUGUCUGGCGGGAGGAGACCUGGAGAAAGAGCUCACCAACAAGGAAAUCAUCCAGUCCAAACCUCCCAUCUGCACGCUGUCUAAUUUUGUCAUGGAGGACGGGGAAUCGUUUGGGCAAGGCAGAGAUCGAAGUUUCCUGCUCGACGACACCACAGUCACUUUGUCUCUGUGCCAGCUCAGAAAUAGGCUGAAGGACGUCGCUGGAGAAGCCUAUUACCCCCUCCUGGAAGACGAGCAGUCAAGUUUGCCCCAGUCCAACAGCAGCAAUGAGCUGUCGGCCACCGUCACGCUGCCACUCAUCAUCCGGGAGAGAGACACCGAGUACCAGCUCAUCCGCAUCAUCCUCUUUGACAGGCUGCUCAAGGGCUAUCCGUACAAGAAGAACCUGGUUUGGAAGGAGGCCAGAGUGGAUAUCCCUCCCCUCGUCCGAGGACUGGCUUGGGCCGCACUGCUGGGUAUUGAGGGUGACAUUCAAGCUAAAUAUGAAAGCAUAGACAAGGACACUCCGAUUCCAACUGACAGACAGAUUGAGGUGGACAUCCCGCGCUGUCACCAGUACGACGAGCUGCUGUCGUCUCCUCAGGGACACAUCAAGUUCAGGCGCGUGCUGAAAGCCUGGGUGGUCUCUCACCCUGACCUGGUCUACUGGCAGGGUUUGGAUUCCCUUUGUGCUCCUUUCCUGUAUUUGAAUUUCAACAAUGAAGCUUUGGCGUACGCCUGCAUGUCUGCCUUCAUCCCCAAGUACUUGUACAAUUUCUUCCUGAAGGACAACUCUCAUGUCAUCCAAGAGUACCUGACUGUCUUCUCACAAAUGAUUGCCUUCCAUGACCCAGAGCUCAGCAACCAUCUGAAUGAGAUCGGCUUCAUCCCAGAUCUCUACGCCAUUCCCUGGUUCCUAACAAUGUUUACACAUGUGUUUCCACUGCACAAGAUCUUCCACCUGUGGGACACGUUACUCCUGGGUAACUCCUCGUUCCCCUUCUGCAUCGGCGUGGCCAUCCUGCAGCAGCUCAGAGACCGACUCCUGGCUAAUGGCUUCAACGAAUGCAUUCUGCUCUUCUCUGACCUGCCGGAAAUUGACAUUGAGCGAUGCGUCCGUGAGUCCAUCAACCUCUUCUGCUGGACCCCGAAGAGCGCUACGUACCGGCAGCACGCUCAGCCACCAAAAACCACGGCUGACAACGGCUUUGGGAAAACGGCAACGUACUAUUCGUCCGACUACCAGGACAUGCCCAAGACAGACCUGUCUCGGGAGCCUCUGGCGCUGUGUGACCUGAAAGCAGAACUAUCUCCCAGGAUCUCAGCUGAGGACUUAAUCGACCUUUGUGAACUGUCACUGAGUGGGCCGACCAAAAGGAGCAGAGCCGGGAAGCCAAAAAUUGUUGCCGUGGACAUCCGCAGCGUUGAGGACUACAGCAGGGGCCACAUCUCUGGCAGCAUCAACGUUGCCUUCAACACGGCCUUCGGCCCCGACGGCGAGCUGGUGCAGUGUCCCGCAACCGGAGUCCUGCAGAACUACAGGGGGCGCGUCAUCGUGGUCAUCAGCCACGCCAUGAAGAGCGCCGCCAUGUUUGCUGCGCACCUAGUGAAGGUGAAUUUUCCUCGCGUUUGCAUCCUGGAUGGAGGGAUCAACAAGCUGAAGCCCACCGGACUUCUGACGGUGCCUUCCCCUCAGAUUUAACCUCGGCUCAGGACUUCCCAAAGACGAGACACAUAUUUGUGUUCUCAUUCCAACUUGUUUUCACAACCAUGUUGUUUUUAUGUUUUUGUUUGUAUUUUGAAUCAUGAGAACUCUUGAGCAGAAUUUAUUUGCAGUAUUAGCUUUGCACUUGAAGGAUGUGGCCUAAUGUGAACCUGAUCGGAAGACGUUACCUGGCGGAGAGCGUUUGCGAGGUUAGAUCGACCCAAUGUAUCUGCUGACGAUAGGGGGUCUUAUAACAGUAAGUCGAAAGAUAAGAACUGAUAACUGAUUUUAUGGGAACCAGAGAAACACACACAUAUACACACACACACACACCAGCUUCAUAAAACAAUAUCUACAAGGACACACAGUUUGGUUGGCAACUGACGUGAAUUGUAAAUUGCCCAACUGGGAACAAAGACCAACCUCUCUGUCCGGGAGACGCCCAGUCCAGGAACAUGUGCACGAUAUCCACUGAUCAGCAGCCAUUCAGACGUUCAUCCACGUGAGCUACGUUCAUGGCAGACCAUCCCACUGACCAUUGCCCGCGACGAUUAUGGACUAAAUGGAAAUGAUCUGUUUUGCAAGUAAAGAAUCAAAGAACUUGGGUGGACGGCAAAGUCCUGGACUGCAGGGAAAAACAAGCUGCCUGUGAUCAACAUGUUAAUG